CCCGUGAGCUGUGAUCAGGGUUUCAAAGAAAGUACAAUUUACUGAACUUUAAAAUCAAAACUGAUUGGCUAUUUCUGGGGUGUUUAAGACAUCAAAGCCAUUAGAAAAUCUUGCUUUGAUACUGCACGGAGUUACCGUUUUUGUUUUGUUUUUUUGAUUGGAGAAGUAACUUGUACACUGGCCGCUACCUGAAGCUGUUAAGGCAAAAUAAAACCCACCUUUACCCACGAUGAGGGUCUGUGGGGGUUUCGCGUGGAUGCGUCCGAACAUGGUCGAACCAAUCAGGAGGCGGCAACUACAUGUGAAAUUCAUCCCUGAGUUUGCGAGCUCACUUGCCCGCGUUAUAGCGACUGCCCCAGUCGGAGGGUACGGGAAUUAACCAUUACGGCGACGCUCAGACGUGCAACUCCGUCGGACAGCGAGAGUUGUGCAGUGGACGCCCGCUCUGUUGGUUAUCAUCAUUUACACGCGCUCAGUUUUUUUUUGUGCGCAAGUCGAGCAUCGUUUCGGCACCCCAUCGCUCGUGUCUCUACCGCAUGUAUAAAAACCGUUACGGAUCAUUUUAAGUUUUUAAAUAUCUGAAUGGCUGUUCAGCUAGUCCGUCUCAUUUAACUCAACCGACGGCACUGGAUAACGUUCCGACAAGUUUGAAAUUGAUCUUCGGCAUUUGAUAUUUGAGGAUUAGGUCUGCCCGUAGGAUCCCGGACCUUCUGUCGGACUGUCGCCCGUUUGGAUGCAUGUAGUGGGCGGCGGGGCGUCGCUGUGAGGGUCGCGACGGACCGAUCGGGGCCAGGCGCGCGCUUAAAGUCUGCAACUCUCCAGCUUCAGCAUCUGUACCCCCGAGUGCCUCCCGUGACAGGCUCACGCACGGUCGAGAUGAUUCGCCUAGGAAUACUUCUCAACCUGUUCUUCAUUAGGGGUUCGGUAUCCUUGGCUGUUCCUCUGUUUCCGGACACGCUGAACUGUAUGGAGGUCUUUCGGGAAUGCAUGGAGGAACCGCAGUGUCAGAAGCUCUACCUGCAGCUGGAGUACUGCGUUGAUGAGGACGCCGUGACGCCGCUGGGUCCUGAUCCCCGCCACACCUGCUUGAAUGUGCAGAAUGCCCUGGCACACUAUCGCCCCCUGCAGGAGUGCAAGUGCCAGCGUGGCUCUCGCAUGGAGCUGCGCUGUCUUAGAGUGUACUGGACCGUGCGAUUCCCACUGGGGUAUGAUGAUAUUGAGAUGUCCCCAUAUGAAGACAUUGAACUGGAGCUGGUCAGAAAUGCUGAAACAUCCAAACUGGCCUCGAUCGUGGCAGUUUCCUCCUUCCCUCUGGACGGACAGAACCGCUGUCUGAAGGCGGCUCAGGACUGUGGUCUCUUCGAGAAGUGCGGAGCGCUGCGCUCCGAGUACGUGCUGGCGUGCACCAAGCCGGCGUCAGGUUCAGACCACUGCAAUAGGCAGAAGUGCCACCGGGCCCUGCGGCGCUUCCUGGACCGCGUGCCCGAAGAGUACAGCUUCGGCGUGCUCUUCUGCUCCUGCACUGACCCACUGUGUGGCGAGCGCAGAAGAAAGACCAUUGUCCCGUCCUGCUCAUACGAGGAGAGAGACGGCCAGCCCAACUGUCUGCAGUUGGAGAACUACUGUCUCCGCGAUGAUCUGUGCAGGUCGCGAUUGGCUGAUUUCCAGCAGCACUGUCAGCCCUCCUCCCACUCUCCCUCGGGCUGUCUGCGGGACAGCGGGGCAGUCUGCCUGAAGGCCUAUGCUGGACUGAUCGGUACAAUCAUGACACCAAACUACGUGAGUAACAGCAGCACGGAUGUGUCCCAGUGGUGUAACUGUGAAAGCAGUGGGAACAAACUCCACGACUGUCUGCGCAUCCUGCACAUGUUUACCAACAACGCCUGCUUACGUAAUGCCAUCGAUAACAUGGGAAGCUCCACCCCCUGGCCUGUAGAGGGCACGCCCCCUCCCCCUCCUCGCCCUUCCCCCCACCUCCAACAUGACGAGCUGAACUUUAACCUGCUGCCUGACCUCAACUCGGUGGAGGAGAGUGAGGAGCACAAAGUAGAGGAGGGAGAAGAGGAGAUGGAGACAGGAGAGGAGUUUAACGUCAUCCCUCCGUUCUCAGAGAAGGCCGCGGUCAAUGACCUGGACCGUGUCCAGAACCAGGCCUGGACCCCAUCGGCCCCCCUGCUUCUGUUCUUCCUGCUGCUACUAACUGCUCUCCGCUGGGGGUAGAGACCACACUCAUACACACUCCUGCGCACGCGCACACACACACACACACACACACACACACACACACACACACACCCUCCUCAAAUAAUCACUCGCACCCAGACUCUAAGACUUUCUACUGAGGGAUGGAGAGAACGAAAGAAAGAAGAGAAUGAGACGAGAAGGGAAGAGAAGAGGAGGACAGGAGCCCCCCCC